AUCCACUUAAAUGUAAUUCUAACGGAUAUUACCGACAUGUUUUUAAUAUGCUUGUGGUCAUGGAAUAUUGAAAAUUCCGUGUCCUAUGAUGUUGAACAUUUACUUAUACUUGACCAAAUGCUGUGCUCGAACAUACUGAUGCUUACUUGAUACUUGAAAGUAACAUAUCCGUCUUACUAUGUUUCAACAUAAAACCACGUCUUUUAUCAAGGUACUGGUGCUGUGCUCUGUCGCAAUUCUCUACGCCACAGGAGACGGCUUGAUCUUCGGACCCAAGAAGAAACGGAAUGAGGUGCCGAGGGCCACCAGCCGACCGCCAACCCCGACCUCGACCAUCGACUACAGGACCGCCUACAACGUGAUGGUCCGAACGUGUGAGCGCGGUACGAACUACGCAUGUAACGUAGACCCACGGGACCCUGGCUACCAGUACCUUUCAUGCAUUCCCAUGACCCAGCGCUGUGACGGAUCACGUCAAUGUCCUAAGGGGGACGACGAAGACAACUGUGAUUCGCGCUGUGGAGACAAACAAGUGCGGUGCCCCGAUGGAAAAUGUGCCACGGUAUGCAACGGGGUACCUGAGUGUGCCAAACUUCAGGACGAGCUUGCAUGCGCUCCGCUGUGUCGGGCGGGCGAGGUGCGGUGCUCGGACGGCGCGUGCGCCAAGGUGUGUAAUGGAGAACCGGAAUGCGAGGACUCUGCGGACGAGAACCGCUGCAGUAUCACAACAUCCGCAAGAACAGCGGCCGUUUGCCAGGCGGGUGAGGUGAUGUGCGCAGAUGGUUCCGGAUGUGCGCGUGUCUGUAACGGAAUCCCGGAGUGUCCGGGAAGCGCAGACGAAGUCAACUGUCUGCCCCGAUGCGCGCGCAGCGACCAGGUGGUGUGUCAGAGCGGUAAGUGUGCCACUGCGUGUGACGGUAACAAGGAAUGCGUGUCCGGAAAUUCGGAAGUUGCGGCCGACGAACUUUUCUGCGAGAGAAAGCCUUGAAGAUCCGUCGAGUCGUUUAUUAAAGUUUGCAUUGUGUAUGCCGUAUAGGGCGAUACAAAUACAAAAUAAAUACCAAAAAAGUUACAACAAUAAUUAAAUUAGUGUUCACUACAGUAAUUUUAAUGCUUUUAAAUGCUUAUUACUAUUGCGACAAAUCAAUGAUACUCACGAAAGAGACGCCUGUACGUUAGUUUGCAAAGUUGUAUAUGGGCCGCGCUCUGUGAAAAGGGGGUUUA